CAGUGACACAACCCUAAUCACUAAUUAAUUUGUGUCAUCUGUUUGGUUGGUUGGCGUGUUUGGUUUCUUAUUUCGUAUUAAUUUAUUACAAUAACUAGAGAUUUAUUCCUUUAAAUUUUCUACACGUAGAUAAUAAAAAUGGAGAGAGAAGAAGGUGAAAUGAGUGAUGAUAACCCUAUGCUUGUUGACGAUUUCGAACCACCAUCAAAAAAUGAAGACUUGGAACCAGCGAAACAUACAGUGAUUUACAAAGCUGACAAAAAUGGGAUAAUGGUAACACAAUUGGAAAAGAUUGAUGCAGCAAGGAUAGAAGAAAGGGCAAGAAGAUUUGGAUUAAAUCUUAGUGGUAAUAGAGUAAUUACUCAGAAACAGAUCGAUGAGCUUUAUGAAAAUUUUGGAAUAGAAAGUGGUAAUGAAAGACACUUCAGAUUUGAUGCUCUACAUUUGAAUGGGGUGGAGGGACUGACCACUAGAGAGAUAUUUGAAUACUUGGAAGAUUAUAAGCCCUUAUCGUUGGAAAGGAUUGAUGAAGUUUCAUGUAAUAUUGUUUGUCAGGAUCAUAUAUCUGCUGCUUUAGCUUUGCUAGUGCACUCCCGUGAAAUCAAAAGUGAAGAAUUGAAGGAAAUGCUUGCUGCUAAAUCUUUACAUCAUUGGAGAGAAGGAAUGCCUCAUCCUAAAAAGGAUCUCAUUUUAAUGCGCUUUGCUACAAAUGGUGAUAAAAAAAUGCCUAAAAAGAAGGCUGAAGAUAUUAAAUACACUGAUGAGUAUUAUGAUCAAAAUACAGAUUCUGUGAGCAAGAACCCUUGGGGUGAUUUAUGUAAGUCAUGGGGUGUAUAUGACCAUCAAGAAAUUUUUCAACGCCGAUUACCAAAACAUGAUGAUGAUGAAGAGGAGUUUACACCAGAAAACCAAGAAGUUGUAAUAAAAAAUAAGCAAUUGGCCAUGCGUUUGGGAAAACGAAGUCAUAAAGUUGAAGAGCCUGAUGAUAGUAGUUCAGAUUCUGAAUGGAAAAAGAAAUCAAAGGUACCAAGAAUGAGAAUGCAUGCUGAUGAUGAAGAAUCAAAACUAAAGAAAAAGCAACCUGUUAGCGAUAGGGAGUCAUCCAAUGAACGAGAUAUUUAUGCACCAUUAUCUAUACAAGUGGUAAAUUCCAAAAGCAACUAUAUGCCAAGACACACAACAAAACUGUCUGAGAAGUUUAAAACAGGGGAAAGAAAUUCACGAAAGUCAACAAUACUGUCACGUUUAGGUGCUAAAGUUGUACCUGCAGAUAGUUCUUUGUCAGCUGAUGAGUAUUCGAGUGACGGCACAGAUGACAGUGACGAUCACUAUGUCAUGAGCAGAGUUCAAAAAGUUAACAGUAAAACCAGUGAUGUCUGGUCUAGACUGGAAACCAAAGAUCAACCAGAAACACAUGUAGGGGCACGAAGUGAUCUACGUCAUAUGUUAAAAUCAAGAAGACUGAACAAAACAGAUGAUUUGAGAGGUCGAAUCAGUAAAUCAAAACAAACAAAUUUACGUAUUGAAAUAGAUAAUAAUUAUGUUAAGAAAUAGCAUUAAGAGUUCACUUAAUUAAGAUUAAUCAUUGUUAUUGUUUUUUUACCUAGUAGUAAUGAAAUACUAGAUCACCUUGAUAAAAUACUAUUUAAACAGGAAUUAUUAUCAGAAAUUAGUACCCAAUAUUUGGUUAAUGAAUGAAUAUGAAUUUGUUUAUAAGUUCAAUGAAAUGUUUUCAAAUUAGACAAUUUAGAUAAUAGAAAUGAUUGUUCACUUAGCUAAAUUGUUGUGUGCUAUGGAAAAGUAUAUUUAGCAAAAUAUAUAUUUUUAAUAGAAAGCUAUUUGUUUUUGAAGCAAUUAGUGUUUCCUUAAGCACUCACUAGUUGGCGCCACUCUUUUAGCCUAGCUCUGGGAUGUACGGGCUGGGGCCUAGGGGCUAGCUUAGCCCAGAAGCAAAGGACAGAACCUUACCUGCCAGUGGCGCCAACUAGUGCUAUAAAAUAAGGCAAUCCUUUGGAAUUCCUAUGAAUUAAAGGUUUUUUAAAAUUGUAAUGGAAUGAUUCAAAAACACUUAUCCAAGGUUUUCCAAAUUUUGGUUUGACACAAAUUAGUUUGAAUGCUAUCGGUAUUGCGGUCUUUGCCGCGUUUUCUCUGUGUUUAUUGUGUGUGAGUAAAGUAUAUUGUAAAAACAUAACUACAGAUUAGCAUCAACUUUGUAAGUUUGUAAGGCGUGAUCAUUAGGUGGUAUCGUAAUCUAGACCGCAUCCUUUACAUAACUUCGAUGGAUGUCAAUUUUGUGAAUAAAGUGGUAAAUCUAUUUAAAUUA